AGAAAGCGUCCCCAAAGCACGUCCCUACCAAAAGCCCAAAGGCAAAAACAACACCGUCUCCUCAAUCUCUCCAAAGUCCAUUACAACACAGCCACACUCCAAUUCGAACACAAACACUCUCUCACACAUUCACAUAUAUAAAAGGCUUCCUUUAGAACCCUCUCUUGCUGUGUCUUGUUCCCAACACACAUGGCUCUAAUUCACAAGCUUCAACCUUUCUCCUCUCUCCACUCACUCUUCACCACAACCCAUCAUUCUCUUCAUCGCUGCCACCCCAUUUCUUCCCUCAAUUGCCACACCUCACCCUUCACAGAGAAGCACUCAAUAGAGAGGUACCAGAGGGAUCAAUGGGUGUAUCAGACCAACCCAUUAGACCAAACCACGUCGUUUUCCCUCCCUCCUGAUUCAGGGUCCAUAAGGGAGAACGACAUAGGGUUGCAGCUUCCAGAGCUGAAGAGGAUGCUUCAGGUGCUGAGGGAGAAGAGGGAGAGUGAAGGGAAGUGCAGUGAGGGAAAGUGUGUGCCUGGGAAUGUGUUUUUGGUUGGAACUGGUCCUGGAGACCCUGAGCUUUUGACUCUCAAGGCUGUGAGAGUUAUGAAGAGUGCUGAUUUGUUGUUGUAUGAUAGGUUGGUGUCUAAUGAUGUCUUGGAUUUGGUUGCUCCUCAUGCUAAGCUUCUCUAUGUGGGAAAAACUGCUGGUUACCAUAGUAGAACCCAGGAGGAAAUUCAUGAGCUUCUUCUGAGUUUUGCAGAAGCUGGGGCGACUGUUGUGAGGCUUAAAGGGGGUGAUCCAUUGGUGUUUGGGAGGGGUGGGGAGGAAAUGGAUUUUUUGCAACAGCAAGGUAUCCAAGUGAAAGUUAUUCCAGGUAUAACUGCAGCAUCUGGAAUUGCAGCAGAGCUGGGAAUUCCAUUAACUCACCGGGGCAUUGCAAAUAGUGUGAGAUUCCUCACAGGGCAUUCAAGGAAAGGAGGAACUGAUCCUCUCUUUGUAUCGGAGAAUGCUGCUGAUUCUGAUUCUACCUUGGUGGUUUAUAUGGGCUUGUCAACCUUCCCUUCACUUGCACAGAAAUUAAUGCAUCAUGGUUUGUCCCCUCAGACACCAGCUGCAGCCAUUGAGCGAGGGACUACAAUUCAGCAGCGCACGGUAAGCAGAACUAAAGGACCUUUCUGGGAAAAUUACAUCUGCUGAAUUGGUGUCACCAACACUUAUUAUCAUAGGAAAAGUUGUUGAACUAUCACCAUUUUGGCCAAUUUCUACAAAAGAAGAAUCAUGUUUGAUGCAGGCAUGACAGUUAUCUUUGAGCAAUAUUACUGUGAAGCUGAUAGCAAGCCCUUAAUGAAAAGGGUCUACAUUAUGAGAAGGAUAAAUGGGCUAUAUAGCUAAUGAUGAGGUCCUAAUGAAUUUAAUAGUGAAGUCUGUUACUAAAGUGAACAGUUACAAGAUGUUAAUAUGGUAGUUAGAAGUCAGGUGUGAAGUGUAUAGGAUGCUCAAGGCAAUCUUAAGCCCAGUUCACUUCUAACUACCUUGUUAACACCCUGUAACUAAGACCUAGCUUUAGUAACAAACUUUAUUUCAACUUAUUUAGGUUUCGUCAUUAGCUGACCCAUUUCUCCUCCUAUCACAGACCCUUUUUGUUAGGGCCUCCUAUUAGAAGCUUGACCGAGAUGAUGGAUUGCCUUGGUUAGGGUUGAUUUAGCCGUGAACGAGAGGUAAUGAUACAACGCAAUUGAGGUGUAUUUAGGAGGGGUGAGAAGGCAAGCAAGCUAUCUGAUGUUUAUGGAAAUGCAAAACUUCUGUCCUGAUUUUGGGGUAAUCUAUUGAAGAGGUUGGGUGGGGCAGGACUGUUUUCUCGGAACGAAUUUUAACUUUCCAUGUUCCAGAUUGGAAAUGAAACAAAGUCUUACACUGAUGUUACACUCACUUUUAUAGAGAAAAGGUCAUAAACAGAUUCCAUGUCCACAGUUAUCUUGAUCAGGUUACAUAUUCCUUUGUCAUUGGGAGAAAUUUUGUGCCAUAAGCUAUUUAGCAUCAUUCUUUCAAGAAUAAAUAUGGAGAUGAUUAUCUAGAUGUGAUUUGAUUUGUUCAAUUUAUCAAUGUUGCUAUUCAGUGUCAAUGAUUAUAUAUUCAUUCAAGUAUUCUUACCACUUGACGUUUAGGAUAUUGUUCAUUAUUCGAGCUUGGU